CGCUGCCUCACGUCAGACAGACAGUGCCGGGCGCUGAGGGGGAGGGGGGGGGCUGCGGCCGCCAGUCGGAAGCACGUUGCCGGCAGGAGAGGCUGCGCGGCUACGGGCACCGGCGGGAGAGAGAGAGAGAGAGAGACAGAGCGAGAGAGAGGGGCGGCGAUGGCCGACAUCCUGGAGAAGAUCCUCAACAACCUGCUGGAGCCCGACACGGCUCUGAUCCAGCAGGCCACAGCUCAGUUGAAGGAGGCGUUUAAGGACCCGUCAGUGGUCCCUGCUCUCUGCACAAUCCUCGCAAGUGCACCAAACCCUCAGAUCCGUCAGUUUGCAGCAGUGCUCGUGAGGAGAAGAGUGGCCAAACACUGGAAGAAACUCUCCGUUGAACUGAAAGAGAAUUUAAAGCCAGUGGUUUUGCAGUCUCUCCAGCAGGAACAUGAGCACAAGGUGCGGCAUUCUGUAGCCCAGCUGGCUGCCAUCAUCGUCAAACACGAAACGCCAGAGAAAUGGCCCCAGCUACUUCAGUUUAUAACCCAGUGGACGAAGAGCAGCGUUCCGGGGGAGAGACAGGUGGGGAUGCUGCUACUCAGCACCGUGGUGGACAUCAGCACCGAGUCCUUCAAGCGCCACUUCCGCGAGCUGAUGCGGCUCUUCCACCAGACCCUGGAGGAUCACGACAACCCUCUGGUGGUCUUCUACACCAUCCAGACGCUGACUGCCGUGGUGUCCUACAUGGGCACUGACGAGAUGAACAUGAUGCGACCCAUGAUCCCCAAGCUGCUGAUCGCGAUCCAGGCUCUGAUACAGCACAAUCAGGACCAGGCCAGUGAGGCCAUGGAGGUUUUCGACGAGCUGAUGGAGAGCGAAGUUUCUAUCAUCGUGCCGUACCUGUCACAGAUAGUCCACUUCUGCCUGGAGGUCAGUGCAGAUUGCAGCCAACCCCCCGUUCUGGGGGACAACCUGCGGGUAAAGGCCCUGUCCUGCGUCAGCUUCCUGAUCAAGCUGAAAGGAAAGGCCGUCAUGAAGCAGAAGCUGCUGCCCAGCAUCCUGAACGUGCUGUACCCCAUCAUGUGCGCCCCCCCACCCGAGGGGGAGAUGGACCCCGAGGACCUGGACCUGGACGACGAUAUCGAGGACGAGGUGGAGGCUCAGACCCCAAAACACUUCUCUGCACAGGUCAUCGACAUGCUGGCUCUCCACUUGCCUCCAGAGAAACUCUUCUCCCAGCUGACCCCGCUGAUGGAGCCGGCGCUGAGGAGCGAGAACCCGUACGAGAGGAAGGCCGGUCUGAUGAGCAUGGCCGUGUUGGCAGAGGGCUGUGCCGACCACAUCCGCCAAAAGCACCUCCACCCCAUGCUGCAGUGCAUGUGCCAAGCGCUGGCAGACCAGAGCCAGGUGGUGAGGAACGCUGCACUCUUUGCCCUGGGACAGUUCUCCGAGUUCCUGCAGCCGGAUAUCAGCAAAUAUUCCGAUGAGAUCAUGCCACUGCUCCUCAACUACCUGGGCACCAUCGACAACUCGAAGGGGGGCCACCUCACCAAGGCCUACUACGCCCUGGAAAACUUUGUGGAGAAUCUGGGGAAGAAGAUCGAGCCCUACCUACCCACACUAAUGGACCGGAUGUUGACUGCUCUCUGUUCGACCAGCAGUAGCCGGGUCAAGGAGCUGGCGGUCAGUGCCAUCGGUGCAAUCGCCAGCGCUGCCAAAGAGGCCCUGCUGCCCUACUUCCAGGCCGUGAUUGUGCAGCUGAAAGGCUACUUGGUCAACACCAGCGAGGAGCUGCGGCAGGUCCAGAUCCAGUCCCUGGAAACUCUGGGGGUGCUUGCACGGACCAUUGGGAAAGACGUCUUCUUGCCGCUGUCGGAGGAGUGCUGCCAACUUGGCCUCAACCUCAUUGACCACGUGGAUGACCCUGACCUGCGUCGGUGCACCUACAGCCUGUUUGCUGCCCUGUCGGUGGUGAUGGGACCGGGCAUGGCCCCUCACCUGGAGAAGAUGACCACCGUCAUGCUGCUGUCCAUCAAGUCCACGGAAGGGGUGACGGCCCACUAUGACAACGACAGCAAGACCUUCCUGCUGCUGGAUGAUGACCUGGAUGAGGACGAGCCCAUCACCGAGGAGGAGGAGGAGGAAGACGAUGCCGACAUCACCGGUUUCAGCGUGGAGAACGCCUUGGAUGAGAAGGAGGAUGCCUGCGACGCCCAGAUCUCCGUCAACUCUGGGGCUGCCUUCAUGCCGUACAUGGAGUCGUGCUUCGAGGAAAUCUUCCGCAUCACCGACUAUCCGCAUGUCAACGUCAGGAAGUCUGCUUACGAGGCUGUUGGCCAGUUGUGCUGCGCCCUUUACAAAGUCGCGCAGGAAAAUCCCACCGACCAGAACCUGGAAGGUUUCCAGAAGCUGCUUGCGAUGGUCUUCCCAAACUACCUGAAAACCAUCCACGAGGAGAAGGACCGUCUGGUGGUGAUGACCAUCCUGGAGUCCAUGAACAACGUGCUGAAGAACUGCAAAGGGGACGCUCUGAAGGAGCCGGGGCGGCUAGACGAGAUCUGCAAGGCCAUCCGCAACGUGCUGCAGAAAAAGACAACCUGCCAAGAUCCGGAGAAUGACGAGACAGAGUCGGACGAGGAGCAGGAGGCGGAGUAUGACUCCAUGUUGCUGGAGUAUGCUGGCGAGGGCAUCCCUCUCCUAGCCGCUGCCGUGGGAGGACAGAUCUUCGCCCCCUACUUUGCCGGAUUCCUGCCUCUGCUGCUCAGCAAAACGAAACCCAGCUGCACGGUGGCAGAGAAGUCGUUUGCCAUCGGCUCCAUCGCAGAGACGGUGCAGGCGAUCGGGCCGGCCACGGUGCAGUUCGUGCCGCGCCUGCUGCCCAUGCUCCAGGCCGGAGCCCGCGACACUGACGAUGAGGUGAGAAGCAACUCCGUCUUUGGCAUCGGUGUGCUCGCCGAACAAGGCAAGGAGGCCAUCUUCGAACACUACCCGUCGCUGCUCAGCAUCCUGUCCUCCAUCAUCGCCCGCGAGCAGAACCGCCGCGUGGUGGACAACGUGUGUGGAGCCGUGUCACGCAUGAUGAUGACCAACCUGGCCGGGGUGCCCGUGGAGCAAGUGUUUCCCGUCCUGGUGCGCUCACUCCCACUGAAGGAGGACCUGGAGGAGAACGUCACCGUCUUCAACUGCAUCACCUUCAUGUACAAGAACAACUCCAACCAGGUGAUUCGACAUUUGCAACAGCUACUGGUCGUGUUUGGGGAAGUGAUCGGGACGGAGCAGCUGAAAGAAGAGAGCCAGAACUCCUUGCUGCUGCUGCUGAAGGACAUCUCCCAGCGCUUCCCCCAGGAGUUUCACAAUGCUCUCAUCUCCAUCAGUCAGGACACGGCCAAGAAGCUGACCGCUCUCGUGUCCUCCUGA